AUGAUUUAUCAUUUAUCCAUACAUCAUCCCAAGGAACAUGCGCUUUUUCGUCAACAGCAGCCAAACAGACAAAGAACAAAUGGAGCAGUUUUACCUUUAGAUCAUGCUCGAUCUAAAGAACUUUCUCAUUUACUAUGUGAAUUUGUUAUACGUGAUUUAGAGCCCCUAAGUUUUACAGAAUCGAGUGAAACAUUGAAGAAACUCAUGAGACAAUUGGAACCAUCGUAUUUAAUUCCUACACGAAACUAUUUUCGUGAUAAUAUAAUUAAAAAUCAAUAUGAAAAAGUGAAACUAGAAUUACAAGAGCAAAUGAAAGAGGCCGGAUUCAUUCAAUCACGACAGACAUGUGGACAUCAGACAAUAAAAUCAACUACAUUACGGUUACAACACAUUUCGUUGAUAAUCACUACAUAUUACAAAAUAAAGUUAUAG